GUGGAGGGAGCAUUUGAAGGUUGGGUCCAGCAGCGGGUAGACGAGCUCUACACACCAAGUGUUCCUUCUCCCUGAGGACCACACCACGCUCACUCCACCUACCAUAGCCACCACACCUACACUGACCUAGCAAUUAUGGGUGAAAAAGAGGCUGUUCCGUUUUUCACCAGCCUCCUGUCUUUAGGCCACUACGUUGAUGAACAAGUCUCACAUCUGAAGGAGGAGAUGUCCUUUCCUGCAGGUCAAAAACCACAUAUUUAUGAUAUAGGCCUUAGAAAAUUCAAGAAAGAAGUUCAGGAAUUGAAGAAUCUAUCCAAUGAAGUGAAUCAGAACCUUAAGGUGGUGACCAACUUCUCCGGCUACCUUGAAUCAAUGCAGGAACAUUUGAAUCAACAAGCAACUGAUAUCUGUAAGAUGGAACGGUACCUUGCCAAGUUUGGUUAUGUUCCUCUUCAAACUCAAGUCAGUGAAGAGCAGAAUGCAGUGAAAGAAAAAAAGGAAGGACUUUCUAUCAAGCAAACUUUAGUUACCGAAGAUUCUCAGAAAUCAGAAGAGAAGCCUGUAUCAAGUAGCCUGGUAGCUGAGAAAUCCAAAGAUCAGGUGAACAUUUCAGUGCCAGUCAUUGCUCAAAGCAACAUUGGAGUAAAAAAUACUCAACCCACAAACUCUCGUGAUGGAGCAAGGCUGUCGGUAUCGCUGGCAUCGCUGUCACGAUCUCACGUCACAGUAGAUCAGUGGCUGGCGGGUAUAGAAGAGAGUGGUAACGUGACUCCUGAUGUCUUACGUAAAACCUCUAUUAGGAAAAAGUUGCUUCAUCCACCAGUAAUGGAAGCUGGAAAAUCUUACCAAUCAUCUGAUGGUGAUAAGCUCCAACUAGAGACAGGCUUAGCAGUCCCUCAUAUAACUGACCAUAAAUCUAAGGACACAAAUCUUCAGAUUCCCACAGAUCCUCAAUUUAUAAGUGUGCCUAAAGAUUCAUGCUGUGAAUACACUCCCCCAUGCGAGCCACAGUUCUCAGAAUAUACCAUGCAGGUUUUAAUGAUGAAACCCAUUUUAGGCAAAAAGGAAGAGAGUAAAAAUGAUAUUGCAGAAGAUACUGUAAGUGCUGCAGAAUUAAAAAUUGCAUGCUCGGUUACUCCAGAAGAACCUGGUCUCUCAUUAUUUAGUUCUGUUAAACCUCAGUUAACUGUUGCAUCAAAUGAGAUUUCUACUCCAGAAGAGCCAAUUUUGCCCUUCCAAGAUUACCAAGCAUCUAAGAGAGUUGUCAAUACUCCUGAGGAGCCAGUUCUUCCCAACCAUCAGCAAAGACACUUACAUAGUCAAAGAGAGAUGAUGUUUGAGGAAUCUGCAGCGACAAUUCACAAAGAAAAGCCUGUAGAGCAAGAUGUGGACAAACUAAAAGGUGUUCAAAAAUACCACAGAGAAUUCCCUUGCUCGCCAGAAUUAUCAGAAAUAACUCGCUCUAUUCUAUCUUUAACUCUUCAGCCUCAAAAGGAUCUUUAUAAUACAAAGAGUUGCCACGAACAGCUCAGAAACCAGCCAAUAUCCUCGUCAAGUAAUAGCAAAAAUAUUGAACAUGGCCCUUUGGAGAGAAGCAUUUCUGAUAAUGCCUACGAAAGAAAACUUUUGUCACGUCACUCGCAGGAUGUAACACAUCCAAGUGAAUUGGAUCAGACUAGUAAAAUGAGAUGGCAUCAUCUGGGAGUAUCAAUGGAGCAUUUUCUGAAUAAUGAUAAACUUCCUCUUUCUCCUCAGCUCUCUGACAUCACACAAAAAAUUAUUGGCCAAAUAAAGAAAUGAUGCCUAAAUGCUAUAAAUACAAUACAUUUGAGAUUUUAUUUUCAUUUUUUGUUAAUUUAAUUUGUACUUAGUAUUACUUUACUUUUUAUCAAUUUCUAAAGCAUCAAUUCUCACUCGCAUAGAUACCUUGACUGUGUCAUUCAAGAUUUAAAUAAUUAAAAUUGAGCAUGAUGUUUAAUAGGAGGCCUUAGGGAACGUAGGAAUGUGAACAUGCAUAAGAUUAUGUAGGUUUAUUUCAGAUUGUUUUGGGCUCUUCAGCAGAGUAAAGUGCCUAAAACAUCAGAGGAUGGUGCACACUCAAGAGAUACUACAAGGAAAGAGGUGGUUAGAUCGACUGUAUGUCUGAACCUAAAAAAAAAGGAUUUUGAUAGUCCCACACAAGAGGCUGUCCUGGAAACUGGAACAUGCUGGACAGGGAGAUUUCUGACAUGGAUCAAAAUUUUCUAGUUGACAAUUAAAAUGAGGGCAAUAAUAAAGAGAGAAUAUAUCUGACUGGAGGAAUAUGUCAGGUGUACUUUCACCAGCAUGGCAACGUCUUCACCUUUCUUAAUUUUUCUGUCGUGUCUGCAAUUGAGUACUGUAGUCCCCUCUGAAAUACGACCUACCUUGCCUGUCAUCUGGCAGAGUGGUGAUAGAAGCAGAAGUCACCUUUGAAAACCUGGAAACAUGCAAGAGCCACCUCACCAAGGCAGUGCUUGAGAGGAGGGUUUCAGAAACAAAACAGUAUUCUGCAUUUAAUACUUUCAUAAGGAUUUCUAGAAAAUUAUAUUAUUUAAAUAUGAUUAUAUAAACUGUAUACAGCAUAAAGUUAAGCUGUGACUGCAGGACCAGGACAUAAUGAGUAAAACUACAAGUAAACAAAUAAUUUAUUAAAUUAUAUUUAUAAGAAACUGUACUUGUAAAAAACCUGAAAUAUAACAUUUCAAAUAAA